GACCGACUUCUCCCAUCUCAGCUCUGCAACAGAUACCGUCGUCACUGGCAGAGGCACAAGAAGAGGUGGAGCAAAUCACUGAAGAGGUCAUCGCUAAAGAUGAAUCCAGUUGGGCUCUCCCUAUUGAUGCAUUGGAUUAUCUCUCUGAAGGGGAUCCACCAAACGCCGUUGAGCAGGCCCAAUCAGCACUGCUGUCUGCCAGGUCCUGCCCCGAAGCUCUCAUACCAAUUUCUCCAUCACCCAGUGCUGACAUGGACAGCCACCCCAGCGAGGCGAUCCCGGGAACCAACCACAUCGUUCCGGUCACUAAAAUCUCGCAAGAGAAAAAGAGCCAGCCUGACAGAUUCAGCCAACAUCAACUCAGAGAGUUGUGGGCACGGUUUGAAGUCACGCCAUACCUGACGACAGAACAAGUGCAAUCCCUGUCUUCUCAAUUGGGUCUGACAACGCUGCAGGUUAGAAACUGGUUCCGGAAUCAGAGGAAGAAAUACAAGUUGUGGAUUGCCUCGAGACAUCAGACGCCCGUACCUAUCUCUGGGGAGAAGUGCACAUUAUGCCACAGUCCGUGUAUGUACAAGCAAAAGCAGCAGAGCCUCAUACUAUCAUGCGGACUCCUUGGAUUUGCAGGAUGUGGAAGGUGAAACUUUCUCGGGAUGUUCUUCUCCCUCUGAAAAAAGCCGUCACAUUCCCGCUUGAACCAACAGCUCUGCGCACACAUGUGCCGCUGAUGACCAAUAUCGUUUCCGGAAGCAUCACCAUGUCAUCUCUACUCAUCCAGUCCGGUAACAUGCAUUUAGAACAGGAUCUCAGCCCUCAGACUUACAAGACUGUGUUGUUCAACCCGGACACGAUACCUCAUCUCAUCAUACAUAC